UUUACCUGGUAUGGUGAUGGCUUCCUUUGUUAAAUAUCUAUGUGCUGGGCUGCUGACACGAGGCACAGGAAAGAUACGACAUCCAAGGCCAAACCACUUUGGGAGCCUUACCGACCGUUGCCAUAUUUGUGACCACUAACUCCAAUUUGACCCUUACUUAUGAGUGCUUAUGAGUAGACCCGUUUGGGCUUGCUUCCUGCAGUGAUGGGGCAGCGAGGGAGAAUGCUCUUUGCACAUACUACACAGUACUCCCCUCAUUAUCUCUUGUUCGAGGUUUCAACCCUGGCACUGAGCACAGGCUUCAGGGCUACGCAUCAUGCCCCCUCGCUCUUUUUCUUCAUGUCUUCUCAAGGCCUCCAUGAAAUUAGUUGCGCAUGGAUCUCCAGCCUAGGAGCGCUGUUUUAUGCCUUGGCAUGCCCACAAAAUUUCCGUCUCCAGCGCAGCCAGACACCCAAGGCAUUAGAGCGAAGACGAAGCCACGCGAAGAGCCCCUUUCUUAGUUCCCCACCGCGAAUGCAGGAACGGAAGUGCUUUGAUGUUUGGCGGAAGCGGAAGCGCGCCCCCGAAGAGUGAUGGCGGCGCUGGUGAGAGUGGUGAAGCACCGAGCUGGAGAACCUCAAUGGAUUACAUUAUGCAGUGGACUGAUACAAACAACAAUAGCUCAAGCACAGUGGGGUAGGAUGCUUCAUGGCACUCUCCAGAGACACAAGAAUGGCCGAUCACAACUGACCAAAGUUUGUUAUGGAUUAAUACAAACCAUUGGUGCAGCAGAACAGCCAAGUAGGGCAUUUCAUCACACAAAAAAGCUUCUUGCAACCAAAGAUUAUGUUCAGCCAUCUGAAGAGAAAGUGAGUGCUUUCACAAAGAUAAUAGAAGCAAUGGGUUUCACAGGACCACUAAAAUACAACAAAUGGAAAAUUAAAAUAGCAGCACUGCGCAUGUACACAUGCUGUGUGGAGAAAACAGAAUAUGAGGAAUUCUUUAACAAAUUUCAGAUGCCUGACACAUUGAAUUCAUGGUUUUUAAUAGCACAACUUCAUGUCUGGAUGUGUUUAGUACGAAUGAAGCAAGAGGGUCGAGCAGGAAAAUACAUGUGUCGUUAUAUAGUUCAUGCUAUGUGGGAAGAUGUUGAGCAGCGUGGUAAGGUGAUGGGGAUUGACUCUGUUGCCCUGAAAGAAAGUAUGAGAAGCAUGACAGAAAACUUCUAUGCAGCUAUUUUUGGAUAUGAUGAGGGAAUCCUAUCAGAUGAUCAUGUACUUGCAGCAGCCAUCUGGAGAAAUCUUUUUAAUAAACAGUGUGAUGAUCCAAGGCAUCUAGAGAUAAUGGUGGAAUAUGUGCGCAAGCAGGUGCAGCACCUGGAUGCUAUGCCCGGAGAAGACCUGCUGCUGUCUGGUGAAAUAACUUGGCGCCCCCUUGUGGAAACAAAUGCCCAAAGUAUUGUGAAGCCAACUUCUCCUACAUACAAUGAUGAAGGACUCUGAAAUGUUUGCUGCUGGCUAUGUUUUUAAGUGUAUUUGGAACAGUUGCUGGAAGUGGGAUGUCUUAUGUGUGAAGCUCCCAAAAAGGAAAAGAAUAAAUACAGUAUUUGCAAUUUGAAAGAACAACUAAAACUCCCUUAUGUGUAAUGAUUUCCACCUUUAGCAACCCUGGAAAGCCAUUCUACUCCUAGUAUUAUACUUGUGGUGAAAAUGCUGCUACUUCAUUUGAAGAAUCCCUCACCAAUAUAUUAUCCAAUAGUUCCCACACACUGGUUCUGAGAGGGAGCUUUUGUCUUUUGAGAGCAAAAUAUCUUACCAAAGUGACAUGACAAGCUUCCUUUUGUCUGGCCAGAGGGUAUCAGCUGCAUCAUGACAUUCUCUCUUCUCUGACCCUGGGAAGCAUAAGCAUGAAUGUAGCUGCUUGGAUGUGGCAUGAAUGUUUGUACAAGUGGUCUGUCUCAGGGCAAACAAGAAACUGGUAUUGUAAAGCUCGAAAAAAUGGGUGAAGGUUUCUGAAAGGAUGGUCUGCAAAUUCUCAUCUGACAUCGGAGUGAAGAUUACAGAUGGCAGGGCCAGGGGGAAGCUUCCUCACUUGCAUCUGUGGCACUGGAGCAGAGGCUGUUUGUGAUCUGUUCAUUGACCCAAUAGGUGAGGCAGGGCCUUGGGGUCAUGGACAGAAACAGCUGCUCAGCCUUCCACUGUUGUCUUUCUGUUGUAUUCUGAAAACUUCACAGUAUGAGUCACAUUUCUUAUUCAUAGAUUUGCUUUGCUCAGGUUAUCACCAUAUAAAAUAAUAAAUGUCUUGGGAUCCUAUCUGGCUAAUAAUUUGACCAGGUGGUGGUUUUCCUAACCUGCUUUUCAAAAUGGAACCUUUGCUUAGGAUCAGCCUUAUCUGGAUUAAAUAAGGACAGUUAGCCCAUUAUUCCAUUGUUAGAGGGAAAACUUUCUUCAUCUCUCUUGUGGUCUAAAUUGUAAUCUAGGGCGGGGGGGGGGGGGGCUAGUUUUCCUUACCAUGUAAUGCCUUCAUUGAGAAAUUGGGAAAUAGUUCUCCACUACUCUAGGGGUUUGAUCCUAAUAAAUGUACUGAAAACAAUACAGACAGAUGUCUCUUUCAUUUUGGGUGACAUUAACACACAAUAAAAAUUGUCUAUGUA